CUGGUCCGCAGAAAAGCAAAGCAAAAGACUAACACGGAGAGAGAAUUCUAGAGAGAGAAACAAGAGGAGAGAGAACGAGAGAGCUGCAAUGGCGGACGAGAGGCCGCUGAGGAAGAUAGCGGAGGCAUUCAAAGAGCUUGAGGCAGCCGUAAACUCCCCAGCGGCGGACGUCGAGGUGGCUCCGUUCUCUCAUGCGUGCUCACUCGUUUCGCCUCUGUUCGGCUGCUUGGGAAUCGCCUUCAAAUUCGCCGAGAUCGACUACGUCGCCAAGGUCCAUGAUCUAUCGGAGGCGUCGGAUUCAAUCUCGACGUUGCAGGUUCUGCUCGAUCGCGAUAUCGAAGCGGAUUGCGUGAGAAAGGCCGGUAGUCACUCGAGGAAUUUGUUGAGAGUGAAGCGUGGGAUUGACAUGGUUAGAGUGCUCUUCGAGCAAAUUAUAGUCACCAAGGGAAAUUCCCUGAAGGAUCCAGCUUCCAAGGCUUACGCACAGGUGUUUGCUCCCCACCAUGGAUGGGUCAUCAGGAAAGCUGUUGCUGCGGGGAUGUAUGCGCUUCCUACUAGGGAACAACUAAUGAACAAACUCAAUGAAGACGAUAACUCGGCAAAAGUUCAAAUGCAGCGUUAUAUUGCUGCAUCUGCACCUCUAAGUCUGUACAUCGACAAACUCUUCCAUUCGCGGAAAUUGGGCGUAGAUUGGUAGGGCAGAGCUUGCAUUGUACGUCUGGAGAUUUGUACUUGACAUUGUAACUUGUUGGAAAACAUUGUUGUAUACUGUUACAAAUAAUUGAAAAUGCUCAUAAACUCUUCUGUUUA